AUGGGUGGCCGGUUCCUGGAGCUGGCGUAUCAGCAAAUAAGAGCCCAGGCGGAGGAAUCAGCCAAGUCUGGCGAGUUGCCGGACGACAUCUCAUUGCAGUUUCAAAAUCUGGAAAUGCAGAACGUGCCCCCAGAGCUGCUGGAGGUCCUGAAUCACCAGGUGCUCAAACUGAGUUUCAAUCACAAUCUUCUUCGAACAGUGCCACCAUUACCCAACUUGACUCGGCUGUUCUAUUUGGACUUGUCUGAAAACAGAUUUAGCCAUGUGCCGUUGGCAAUAUGCGAACUCAGGAGUCUAGAAAUCCUUGAUCUCAGUCAAAACUUUAUUACUCGGCUUCCUCGCGAGUUGGCUAAUCUUCAGAGCCUCAAAGUGCUGUCGUUAUCUCAGAAUGAGCUACACUAUUUACCAACAACAUUGACCUCCCUCAAAGCUCUAGAGUAUUUUGAGGUCGACGAUAAUCCACUAGUGUUUCCAAGAGAAGAUAUUUUAAGGCUUGCGCAAGAUCAGGAUGACUGGCUGCCCGCUCUUCGGCAGCACUUGUUAGAGAAUCGUGACAAAAUCGAGAAGCUCGAGCAGUCGUUAGCUGCUAACGAGGCUGUCCACGAGAUACGGGAGCCUCCUCACUUAGAGCGGUCGCGGUCGAGUUCCGAAGGUUACUUGCACAACCGUAACAAGAGAAUGGGAUUUGUGAUGCAACGAAAUGCUUCAGGGAGUGUGUAUAUGGCAGGAUUGCAUGCCCGAGGUCUUAGUGUUGACUCAGUGCUCAUAGACGGUGCAGGGCCUGCCCAAGCUAGCUCUUUCAGUCUGAACGAGCGCCCGGCUGAUCUGAAUACGCAAACGACAUCUAGUCUCACGUCACAUAGUGAUCCCGGCAUCUCACCGCGAGGCAGUCCUCUUAUUAUCAACCCUUCGGCAGUUGCCGCUAGUGACGACGAAGACAAGGAAAGCCCUUUAUCCAGCAGUGACACUACUGGCAACCGACUGUUCACUUUACAAGAAGAGGAGGCGGAUGCAGAGCCUGCUGAAGUCGUGCCAAAGGUUCCGCAAAAGUCUCAAAAUAGAUCACGAGGCAACUCGGCUGCGACUACCCAGAGCGUAGCUCAAGUCGAGCCCCCCGUUCCGCCGUUGGUGACACCUAAUAUUCCUGGAUAUCAAAAGCUGCUUGCUUCUCUUAAUGGCUUUGUUGAUGCUUCCAAUCGUCUGAAUAUUCCUGGCGAUCCCCGAUUCACAUCUCUGGUGUCUGUUUGUCAAGACAGCAAUAAAGCACUAGAAAAAGCACUAGAACAGGAACGAGAUCUCGCAGGCACUGCACACCGGGCAAUUACAGGUGCUUCGGACCUCGUUGCAUACCUGAACCUUCCAGCAGUCCUCAAUCAGGUGGUUCACGAGAGCAGUCUUGGGCCCGUUAGGUCGCUCAUUCUACAGCUUGUUCAUUCGUUUGCUGAACUUAACAAUGCGAACUCUGACCUGGAAUCACCCAAGCUAUCCUCGCCUGGCUCAAGUGAAUCUGGUACUGAACUUAAAAGUGCUCAAAGUAGCGCGGGACUAGCUCACGCAGACGAACAGCUCUACCAACAGCUAGAACACGCUGUCAAGACGCUGCAAGGCGUUGUUUCUCUAUUCAAUAAAGCCAUUGCCCAUUCUGCUACGGUUUCUGUCGAAGUCAAUGGUGCUGGAACUGCUUCAUCUUCAGAAAACGCAGGGCUAGCUGCGUAUGUUGGCGAGUUGAGCAGUGCGUGCAUCGACUGUGUUGCUAUGACAAAACAACUGAAGCAAUCGCUUGAUCACCGAAACAGUAGAGGAAUUCCCGACCGUAGAGCGUUUUGGGAAGAUGUCAACUCUUUUCUGAAAUCUAUCGUGACGCUGCUGGCUGCGGCCAAAUCUGCGGUAGUGGAGAUCCCUCUUUUGGCUGACAGCGGCAGCGAGAUGUCCGCGUUGGCCCGCGUCGCCAAAGAGGUGCCCCCGCUGCUCGAGCAGUCCUCUUAUCGACUACACCUUGAUGCAGGUGCUCGUCUCGAGCGGCCAAGGCUUCCCUCGAAUCAGUCGUCGGCACCCAGCAGUGGCACUCCGACUGUGACCACGCCAUUUAUUGCAGCACUUGGAACCGCGGCACAAGAACUUCUAUCACCUGGACUCCAAACACCUGGACUCCAAACACCUUUCGAAGGCGGUCCUUCAUAA